UUAAAAAUGUGGAAGUAGACAAGUCGUCAGUGUGUCAAGUUGUCAACAGUUGAACAGUAGAUGUGCUAACUAAAAUAGUGCUCUACUAUCUUUAACGCAGUCAUACUUCACAUUUUGUCAUGGUUCCAUCAAUUAAAUAAUGAAACGUCCCUGCUAUAUUCCAGUGUUUAUUGUUUUCUUAAUAUUUCCACAAAUAUGUUGGACUUACAGUUAUCGACACGAAUGGGAUCCUUUUCACAACAAAUAUUCCCACUUCAGUAAUAAAGAGCGGCUUGAAAUGCUGGACGCAUCUAGGAAAAUGUUUCAAUUUGGAUAUGACAACUACAUGAGGUAUGCAUUCCCUGAGGAUGAACUGGACCCUAUUCACUGCCAAGGACGUGGUCCAGACUAUGAUAAUCCGGAUAAUAUCAACAUCAAUGAUGUUUUGGGAGACUAUUCUUUAACACUGGUUGAAUCUCUUGACACACUGGCGGUUAUGGGAAACAGUUCAGAGUUCAAGAAGGCAGUUAAGCUUGUGAUGGAGUAUGUGUCUUUCAAUAAAAAUAACACAGUUCAAGUCUUUGAGGCAACCAUAAGGGUGCUUGGUUCUCUUUUAUCAGCACACCUUAUCAUUGUUGAUCCACGUCAGCCUCUGGGGAACAUGUCUAUUCCAGGCUAUGAGAAUGAACUUCUUGAUUUAGCUCAUGAUCUGGCUACCCGUUUGCUUCCAGCUUUUAGUAACACGGCCACAGGCAUACCAUACCCCAGGAUCUCCUUGACAGGAGGGGUGCCAGUCAACUGUAUCAAUGAAACAUGUACAUCUGGAGCAGGAACACUGGUUUUAGAGUUUGGAAUUCUUUCCCGUUUGCUGAAUGAUCCAGUGUAUGACUCACUAUCCAGAAGAGCAGUAGCAACUUUAUGGAAGCUGCGUUCAAAUGUUACAGGAUUAUUAGGCAAUGUUAUCAACAUUCAGACUGGCGAAUGGGUUGGUCCCAUGAGUGGUCUAGGUGCAGGAAUUGAUUCAUUUUUUGAAUAUUUAUUAAAGGCAUACAUACUUUUUGGAGAUGAAAAAGAUCUCAAAAUGUUUAAUGAAUCAUAUGAAACUAUUAAAUUUCAUAUGAGAAGGGGAAGACCGAAGUGUAAUUAUGGUUCAGGAAAUGUGCCUUUAUAUGUCAAUGUCAAUAUGAAGACAGGAGAACUUGUUAAUACCUGGAUAGAUGCCUUGCAGGCAGCUUGGUCAGCUGUACAGGUAUUAAAUGGUGAUAUGGAAGAAGCUAUCUGUUCACAUGCUCUAUAUUAUGCUAUUUGGAGACGAUACAAUGCACUUCCAGAACGCUAUAAUUGGCAGCUCAAGGCUCCUGAUGUGAGGUUUUAUCCAUUGCGUCCUGAACUAGUAGAGUCAACCUAUUUUUUAUAUCAAGCUACUAAAAAUCCAUUUUAUCUACAUGUUGGCAAGGACAUUUUAGAAAGUAUAAAUGCCCAUACUAAAGAAAGGUGCGGUUACUGCACAAUACACGAUGUCCACACAAAAGAACUAGAGGACAGAAUGGAGAGUUUUUUCCUUAGUGAAACUUGUAAAUAUUUAUAUUUAUUAUUUGACAUUGAUAAUCCAGUGAAUAAAGAGUUUUCUCGCUACCUGUUCACCACAGAAGGUCAUAUUGUUCCUUUAGAUAUGAAAUUCCACCAGAAACCAUGGGAGGAAUGGACAGGUCCUAGUAAAAAAAAAAUUACUCGCCCAGCUAGAAAAACAGUUGAGGAAAAUCUUGAACUACCAACAACACUAGCCAAUGACCAGCCUGUGAUAACAGACAAUAGAGUCAAUGUUUCUAAUUGUGAUAAUCUAGGUGUGGAGAAGCGCUUCAAUCUUCCUCUGUUAAGCCAUUACUUAUCUCAGCUAGAAGUAGCUGUGGGCCUAAGAGAGGACCUGGUUUAAAACAGAAGUAAAAGCUAGUUUUGGAUAUGGCUAACAAUUCCAUAACUUUUUAGAAAAUGCCUCUAUGAAUAUAUUAAAAAUAAUGGUCUAUGCAAUAAUAGGCAUAACUUUUAAAAUUUUUACCUUAGAUAUAAACCAUUUAAAUGUCUUUUGACAAAUUUAGAUAUUGCUCAUUUAAUCUUUUGACAUAGUUUGGUUAAUCUUUACCAUCCAUGAGUAAAAAUAUAUUUUACCUUUUUCUUAAUUAUGAGAAUUUCUUACCAAGUUUUUUUCUUGAAAAGCAAUAUUUUCUUAAAACAUAUACUAAUAACCUAUUUUAUUCUUGACUAAAAGGAAAAUAUGACUAGGGUUUAUUAAAUGAGUUAUUUUUUAAAUUAUUUUCCUCUAAGUUAUAAAUUUUUUUUUUAAAUUGUCUUUAUUACUAUCAUAAAUGAGUUUCUAAAACACUAUUUUACUAAAACUGAUUUCAAAAAUAUUUCUCUAUCAGUUUUUUCCACAAAUAUUUUCAAAAAAUAAACUAUUAGCUUAUUUCACAUUUAAGAGGUAAACCUUCACAGUAAUACCAGCAAAAAAAAAACACCUUAAUACAAUACUCUAAGUGUCCUGAUAAAGCCUUAAAAUGCAUAAUAGUUCAUUUUACUGUCAUUGUCAAAUAAUUUGGGAUAAUAAUUUCAUGUUCUUAGUCAUCAUUUGCAUUAUUUGACAUAGCUUACAACUCUAUAAAUAUAUUGAUACUGAAAAAUAACCCAAAUGAAACCUGGUUUCGAAGAUUUUAUAAUAAUAUUAGAUUUGUCCUGAAAAUCCAAGAAUAACAUGCGGUUUAAGAUAAUGUUGAUUUGUUUCAUGUUCCUAAGUCCAGUUUUUUGUUUGUGGGCUAUGCACUGCAUAAACCACUACUACAGCUCUAAUCCAACAGCUUCCAUCAAAAUUUCAACUGCCAACUUACUGUUACCACACAUCAAAUAUAAUCAACUUGAUCUCACAAUAAUUUAACUGUCUAUAACCUCUUAGAAAUGCAGUGUGGCAAUUGGGUUCUGUUAUUUUAAAGGUAUUCAUUUUGUAUUCCUUUUUAUUUCAUUUUAUAUAUAUAUAUUUAUAUAAUUAACCUAAAGCUGUCACUUUUUGUUAAGAAUUUAUACUUGGGCCUAUUUUAUUCCUCUCACAUUCUGUUGCACACUUUGUUUUGAUAUAAAAUGUUAGAGAAUCUGAUUUUAAUUCACUGAAGACAUUCCCAACAUAAGAAACCAAUGCCUGGCUAUUCCAGCAUUGCAUUUUGUUAUUGAAGCAGAGUACAUAUGUCACACAGGGUACUUGCACAUGGCUUAUUCUGAAUGAGUAACUCUCACUACCAACUCUGUUGACUUUGGCAGGGACAAACUUAUUGAAGUAUUCACAUCACUGCUGAUAAUACUAUAACUUCAGAUUUCAUAUUUGUUUUACUUUAAAAACAUUCAGUUUUGUUAAGAUUAAAUUAAAAGCAAUUACUUAUUCUAUAUAUUUACUUAAAUUCUUAAUUCAUGCUACAUAUUAAAUAGAUAGCAAAGUUGAACAAACAAGCAAUACAUUUUAUAGCAUUAGAUGUAAGUCAUAAAUUGCAUGGUUUUAGCAGCUAAAACUAAUAAAACAUAGUUUCACCUCAUCUUAAUCUGUGCCAAAUGUUGAAAUAAUUUAAAAGAUAAUGACUCUAUAGAAGACAAAUGCAGUAUGCCCAAAAUACAUCAUGAGAAAAAGAGUUAAUCUCAUAUCCAUGUUAAAUUCGUGCGAAAAUGUAAUGUUAUAACAUUUCAAAAAUACUUGCAUUUUCAUUUUCAGACAUUUAAUAUGUGUAUUGGUAGUUUGUAUUAUUGCAAAUGUACAUUGAUUUCACAAAAAAGUGAACAUAUUACAUUAGUCUUCUUUACCGUCAUAUGAAAUCUAUACAGAAAUGUUUUGGCUUGAACCUAAAACACAGUGUUGAAGAUGUUCUCUAUUUGCUUCCAUUUUUUAUUGUUGACACCACAUAAUCUAUCAGUAUUCUUUUGAAUAAACACAUAUCUAAAUGUAUUUCUAAAUUAUUAUUGAAAUAAUUGUUUUCUUAUGCAGCAAUCUGUUUUUGUUUCCAAUGAAUGCAUUAGCUUUCCAGCAGCAGUAGCAAUUCAUUUAUGCAAAAGAUGACAUCAUAAAAAAAUGUGCCUUUCUGCAAUCUCAGCAGAUGUUAUUGUCACUUUGCAGUUGUCUUGCAGAUUUUGUUUUUCUGUCCUAUGUUUACAUUAUGAUAUCUUGUUAAAGUAAAACCAGUAAUUGAACCUUUUUACUGGGGUAACUUUUAACAUUCAAAUACAUUUGGCACUUUGCAUUAAAAAUCUUAUGUAAUGGUAAACAAUAAUUUAAAUACAUACUUUUUUUCUUGCACCCAAAUUAAGAUUUAACCUCAAGAUUUUUUUUUUUGCCAUUUUAACAUCUUUCACUCAACCAUCUAAUAACUAAUUUAAAUGCUCAUUCGUUUCAUGAUUUUUAAAAAAAUAUUUCAAAACUUGUAUAUUUGAAACAACGACUCAUUUGUAUUAGGCCUGAAGCAAUUUUUUUCAAAUACCAAUAUUUGUGUUUAUUUGUGCCAAAUUUUCUACAAAUUUUGAGUGCGAAAUAAACUAAAGCAAAUAGGAA